GGAGCGGGGCCGGGCAGCGCCGGGGGAGGGCGGUGAGGCUCGGCGGAGCGGGGCCUGGCGCAGCGCAGCGAUGUUGCGGGCAGUGGGGUUCGCCUCCCGGCUCUGCCGCGGCCCGGCCCGGCAGCUCUCGGCCGCCGCCGCCUCCCCCAUCCCCGCACCCAACCCGAGCCCAGAGAUCGCCUACAACAAGAUUUUCAUAAAUAACGAAUGGCAUGAUGCAAUCAGUAAGAAAACCUUCCCAACUAUCAAUCCAGCAACAGGAGAAGUUAUCUGCCAGGUUGCUGAGGGCGAUAAGGCAGAUGUGGACAAGGCUGUUAAGGCAGCCAGGGCAGCUUUCCAGCUGGGCUCGCCUUGGAGGAGGAUGGAUGCUUCGCACCGGGGGAAGCUGCUGAAUCGUCUUGCUGACCUGAUUGAGAGGGACCGGGCGUAUCUGGCGGCACUUGAAACUCUGGAUAAUGGCAAACCUUACUCUAUUUCCUACUUGGUGGAUUUGGACAUGGUUGUCAAAUGCCUCAGGUACUUUGCAGGCUGGUCUGAUAAAUUCCAUGGCAAAACCAUCCCUUUAGAUGGAGACUUCUUCUGUUACACCAGACAUGAGCCAGUGGGAGUUUGUGGACAGAUAAUCCCAUGGAACUUCCCGCUAUUGAUGCAAGCAUGGAAACUUGGGCCUGCCCUGGCUACUGGGAAUGUGGUUGUGAUGAAAGUGGCAGAGCAAACCCCCCUGAGUGCUCUCUAUGUAGCUCAUCUGAUCAAAGAGGCUGGAUUCCCACCAGGCGUGGUGAACAUCAUCCCUGGCUAUGGGCCCACUGCAGGAGCUGCUAUCUCUGCCCACAUGGAUGUAGAUAAAGUGGCCUUCACCGGCUCCACAGAGGUUGGGCACCUGAUCCAGAAAGCUGCAGCAGAGAGUAACCUAAAAAGGGUGACACUGGAGCUCGGAGGAAAGAGUCCGAAUAUAAUCAUGUCUGAUGCUGACAUGGACUGGGCUGUGGAUCAAGCCCAUUUUGCCCUCUUCUUCAACCAAGGGCAGUGCUGCUGCGCAGGAUCCCGAACAUAUGUCCAGGAGGAUAUAUAUAAUGAGUUCGUGGAGAGGAGUGUUGAGAAGGCCAAGUCCAGGGUGGUUGGAAACCCGUUUGACUUUAAAACUGAGCAGGGACCUCAGGUGGAUGAAGAGCAGUUUAAGAAGAUCCUUGGUUACAUCAGUACUGGGAAGCGUGAAGGAGCCAAACUGCUGUGUGGUGGCAACCCUGCUGCAGAGCGUGGCUAUUUCGUCCAGCCCACUGUCUUUGGCGACGUGCAGGACAACAUGACAAUUGCCAGAGAGGAGAUAUUUGGGCCUGUCAUGCAGAUUAUGAAGUUUAAAACAAUUGAGGAAGUAAUUGAGAGAGCAAAUGACUCCAAGUACGGUCUAGCAGCAGCAGUCUUUACAAAGGAUCUUGACAAGGCAAACCACGUGUCUCAGGCCCUGCGAGCUGGAACAGUCUGGGUAAACUGCUAUGAUGUGUUUGGUGCACAAGCUCCAUUUGGUGGCUACAAAGCAUCUGGGAAUGGGAGAGAACUAGGAGAAUAUGGUCUGGAGGCAUACGUAGAGGUGAAAAACGUGACAAUCAAAAUUCCACAGAAGAACUCCUAAAGUAGGACAGCAGCCUUCACGUGCUUGGAAACACCAGCUUCAUGAGAUACAAAGCAAGGAAACCUCUUCGCCUAACACACAAAACUUAAACAGAAAAUACGUAAUUCUGCAUUAAGAAACUAUUCUUUACAAGGUGCCUGAAGGAGCUUUUGUUAAAAAUAUUACUGGGCUUUAGCUUUUUAAAAUACCAAAUACAAUUACUUCAGCACUAACGUGGUGCGUGGGUGUACUCCUGUUGCAUCUGUAACUGAUGAAUGUGUUCCCUGCCCCACCCCCAAAAUCAUGUAGACGUUUGCCUGGCCAGCAGUGGGUUUAUAACAUAUCCCCUCAGGAGCCUCGAGGCGCAGAGCUGUGCAUUACUGAGGUAAUCUGAGGUGAACACCUGAGGCGCGGGCUGGUUCUCAGCUGCUCUCCCCGCUCUCGUUUUGUACCUGCUCACAAUAAAUAACUUUCGUCUCAGUAA